AUGGGGGGACUGGGGCCAGUCUUGUGGGCUCUGCUGGUGUGUGUGGAGUUUGCCGGAGGCGGCAAGAAACAGCCAGGCCUGAACCUGAGCUGCUACCAGUGCUUCAAAGUCACCAGGGAGGAGCUGUGCGCGCCCACCCAGUGCUACCCCACCGACCGGGUCUGCGUGUCCAGCGCGGUGGUCCUGACCAAGAGAUCAAGGGUGAUGGUCCAACUCAGCAAGCGCUGUGCUCCCAGAUGUCCCAACACCAACAUGAAGUACGAGUGGAUGUUGGGAUCUAUGGUGUUUGGCAAGAUCGUCAGGCAGUGCUGUUCUGGAUAUCUCUGCAACGGGGCCUCCGCCACCCGCUCGGCCCUUCGAGGGGGGUUCCUGCUUGGGGCAGCCCUCGGCCUCCUCUGGGCCCUGCUGUGA